GUCACCUGUUAAGUGUAUCCGCCGCCUAUCAGUAGCCGUCCGGUUUUUACUAAAACCUGCCGAAAAGAAGCUACCUCCAUAUGAAAUAUAUACAUUUAAAAAAAUCUCACACGGUCUUUCGAUACUUGAACUACGUUUUUACCGUGCAUUUUAUUUUCAAACUAGGGGGAAAAUGAAUGAUACAUCAAAAUCUACAAAAAGUGUUGGUGCCAUUGCAAGAUGCUUUAAAAGAUACUGUGAGAUUCACCAAAGUUUGCUAGAUCGAGCAACUCCACAUGUCACAGUUCGAUGGGGUGUAGCGUUACUUCUAGCUCUCUCCUACUGUAUUCGGGUUUAUCUAUUACAGGGCUGGUACAUUGUGACAUAUGCAUUAGGAAUUUAUCUUCUGAAUUUGUUCAUUGCAUUCCUUACACCCAAAAUAGACCCUGCCAUAGAUGACACAGCUGAAGAUGGACCAUCAUUACCAACAAAAGCUAAUGAAGAAUUCCGGCCUUUUAUGCGCAGAUUACCAGAAUUUAAAUUCUGGUAUUCUGCAUCCAAGUCAAUUAUCAUUGGCUUAUUCUGCACAUUGUUUGAAGCUCUGGACAUCCCUGUUUUCUGGCCUAUCCUGGUUAUGUAUUUCAUCAUUUUGUUUACAAUCACUAUGAAGAGACAAAUUAAGCACAUGAUCAAGUAUAAGUACAUCCCAUUCACACAUGGCAAGGCUGUAUAUAAGGGGAAGGAAGACUCAGGAAAGGAUGGGACCAGUGCUGAAACUUCACAUUCGCGGCAAAUUGGACCUACGAUUCACACAUGAGGAAUUUUAUGUACUGGACAAUAAAAGAGCAGCAGAAA